AUGACAUUACCCAGCAACAACUCCACUUCCCCAGUCUUUGAAUUCUUCCUCAUUUGUUUCCGCAGUUUCCAGAGCUGGCAGCACUGGCUGUCUCUGCCCCUCAGCCUCCUCUUCCGCCUGGCCAUGGGGGCCAAUACCACCCUUCUGACCACUAUCUGUAUGGAAACCUCUCUGCACCAGCCCCUAUACUACCUGCUCAACCUCCUCUCCCUGCUGGACAUUGUACUCUGCCUCACCGUCAUCCCCAAGGUCCUGGCCAUCUUCUGGUUUGACCGCAGGUCAAUCAGCUUCCCUGCCUGCUUCCUUCAGAUGUUCAUCAUGAACAAUUUUCUGACUAUGGAGUCCUGUACAUUCAUAAUCAUGGCCUAUGACUGCUAUGUGUCCAUCUGCAAGCCCCUACAGUACUCAUCCAUCAUCACUGAUCAAUUUGUCGCUAGGGCUGCCAUCUUUGUUGUGGUCAGGAAUGGCCUUCUUACUAUGCCUAUCCCCAUACUUUCUUCUCGAUUCAGAUACUGUGCAGGACACAUCAUCAAGAACUGCAUCUGUACUAACGUGUCUGUUUCUAAACUCUCUUGUGAUUACAUCAACUUGAAUCAGCGCUACCAGUUUGUUACAUGUUGGACCCUCCUGGGCUCUGACCUCAUCCUUAUUGUUCUCUUAUUUUUUAUCUUGAAAACUGUGCUAAGUAUCAAGGCCGAGGGUGCUAUGGCCAAGGCCUUGAGCACGUGUGGUUCCCACUUCAUCCUAAUCCUCUUCUUCAGCACAGUCCUGCUGGUUCUGGUCAUCACUAACCUGGCCAGGAAGACAAUUCCUCUGGAUGUCCCCAUCCUGCUCAACAUCCUGCACCACCUCAUUCCCCCAGCUCUGAACCCCAUUGUUUAUGGUGUGAGAACGAAGGAGAUCAAGCAGGGAAUCCAGAACCUACUGAGGAGGUUAUAA